CAUGGAGCAAAACGCCGCCAAUCAACCGUCCCAACUCACUGACGUGGUGAAGGUGAGAAGGGCAGAGGAGAACGAGUUACACCUGAUCAUAGAGUGGUGGCUUCAGGAUUAUUCUUAUUGUACGUGCGACCACGAAUCCCUGAAGAUGAUGCACAGGUUUGCAGGCAACGGAUCGCUCUGCGCCUAUCAGCGUGAAACUGGCCAGCCAAUCGGCUUCCUCAUGGUAGCAAACCUGAAUGAAGACGUGGCAAUGGCCGGCUGGUUCAUAGUGAAGGAUGCUUGGCGCGGAAAGCGUGUGGGUCAGCUUCUCGUCGAGAAUCUACGCACGCAUUGCGGCGCAAAUCGCAAUCUUGCGAUUAAUGCGGUGCCGCAAAAUGUGAAGCUGUACGAGAAGUUGGGUUUGAAGGUAGAUGAGACCUGGGAGAAUUUGAAGUAUGUAGGACUGCCGGUCAUCAGAAAUCUUCAGCCCCUACCUGAAGACGACAUAGUGAUUGUGGACAAGAAUUCUAUGACGCCGAACAUUUCCCGCGCAUUGUUCGACUAUGACAAGAAAAUACACGCCGGAAUACAGCGAACUGAAAUAGUAAAUGAUUUCAUCUGCUACCGUAAUUCAAUCGUCUUCGUGGCGACGUGCGGCGAUGUUGACGACGUCAUCGUCGUCGGCUACAUAAUUAUAAUGCCGACAGCGGUGCUAGACCAGUACGGGGUGUUUCCGCUCUAUGGAAAUACGCCGGCAAUCAUACAGCGAUUGUUUUGUAGAGCCGUAGAGGCCCUCCACGAACGUAAAGAGAAAGCUAGUUUAAUUCUAGCCGUGCCUAGUGCUAACACGGCUGCUGUGAAGAUGGUAGAGGCUGCAGGUCUCUGCAACGAGUCAUUGGAGAGAAGAAUGUAUAGUAGUGAAUUUAUUCCCUUGGACGUGAGCAAAAUUGCCAGUGUUCUGACAGAUGACGUGACACUAUGGUAAAAGCAGACGCAUUACAUUGCGUCGUUUAUCGGCGCUAAAUCGUGCGAUCAUGAAUAGUAA